UCUCUAUCUUGAACAAAUUCUAAUAUCCUAACGAAGAUGACUGGUGUCAAAGAUGAAGCUAAAGAUUCUUGUAUUGAAGAGAAACAAGACGGGGGAAAAAUGGUUGCCAAUAAUCCAUCUAAAUGUGAGAAUGAUGGGGUUGUUGACAACCUUGCAAACAAUUUGUCUGCACUGACAAUAAAAAGAGAACCUGUUGAAGACAAUGAACUUCAUGAAAGUCUGACAAAUUUAGAGAGCCCUUCAAAGGGAGAUAAGCCAUCUCCAGAUUAUGAGGUAAAAAAAGAAGAAGUGAAGAGGGAAAUUGCUACAGAACAGGCCCAGGAAAACAGUGCCUUCUUACGGCGAGGACCAACUCAUGGCCAUGCAACAACAAACAGCAUCCAACACAUCGGCUACAACAAAGGUUAUGGUACAGCAAAUGCACAAACCUUCAAAGACAAAAAGCGAGGACGGGAGGAGGAUGGGAGUGAUCCACCAUUACGAUAUAUGAGACCAGAAGAUCAGGUUGAGUACAGUUCUCUGACAAAAGACAAGAGUUCACUUGGAAUGAUGCUUGUAAAAUCACCGACUACAGACUUAAGAGAAAUGAACUUUCCUUCUUUAAAUCAGGAUGACAUACUGGAUUUGGCAGACCAAGCGUACAGUCCUUACCCAUCUAACAAUGGUGGACAGUACAACGUGUCUUCUCAAUCUCACGCCUUUAACCAGGGACUCUUCUCACAGAAUGUCUACCAACAGACAGCACUGAGCCAGAAAGUGAAUGGCAAUGUUUGUAUGGUUAAUAAUCAACAGUCAAGACCGAACAACAUUGAUCAGAUGUAUGGCAGACGUGAACCAUACACAAGCGAAUCGGAAUCAGAGUCGGCAAAGAGUCCAUAUUCUGAUCAGUUGUAUUCACCCGAUAGUUCAAGUGUCAAGUCUAUAAAUUCUCCACCACCAUCGAACAUGUCAAAUGACAGUGGAAUCAUUGGUGAUUUGACAGUGAACAGUCCCCCAGGCAACGCUUCACCUGCUUAUGACCAAGCCCAACAUAGCAACUACAGUACCACAUGGGAAGAACAGUCACACCAGAACUCACCAAGUCAGGUCUCCAACCAGUCUAUGGCAUCACCGCCCCACAUUGGUGGCUCCCAGGGAAUGCCACAGGCGGCAUCUCCCAUGAUGUCUUCAGUGUCUUCAUGCUUGGCUGCUAAUACCAUAAUGUCACAACAAAAUAGAACACAAACCAUGGUGUCCUCUAAUCAAACACCAAUGCCCUUAGGUGUACCAAACUUGGUCCCUACACAGUCCAGCUCUGGAGCUCCUCUAAUGACAUCACAACAAUUCGCUAGCCAUCCGUCAAUGGUUCCUACCACCUCACAACCAGGAGCCCCUAUGAUGAUUUCACAGGUCCCAAGACAAAUAAAUAUUCCCCAUGCUGGAGUGUCCCAACCCAACAAUGUGUCUACUCAGAUCACUCAACAGCCUGUAACCAUGGCACCAAUGAUGUCAUCAGUAGCAUCAAUUGGACAGCCCAAUGUCCAAUACAUACCCCAACAAAUAACAACUUCCCAUGGUACCCAACUACUGAAUGAACAGAUUGAUGAGAAGGAGCUAAACUUUGUCAUGGAAGUACUUGUUGAUGACAUGAAGAAAUCUAAUGAAGAAAACAAUAUGAAAAACCAGGCAUGCAAUAAAGGGAUGGCUGUACCACCAGCAUUGGCUGCUUCAGUACCACAGAACGUUGUCACUAGUCCACCACCCCAGUCUAUACCACAGAACAGAAACCUUGCAUGCACCAACAAACCACUUCAAAACAUACAGCCUGGACCAGCUCAAAACAUACAGUGUGGACCAACUCAAAACAUACAAUCUGGACCAACCCAAAACAUACAGUCUGGACCAGCUCAAAACAUACAGCCUGGACCUACUGUUGUGACCACUGUACAGAAUCAGAAUCGUAUUCCUGUCAACUUGGUACAAAACAAUAUGAUUCCAAUUACAACGCCAAUGCCUAUGCCAGUGACGAAUGCCAUGACAACCCCAGUCUUGCCACAACAGCCUGUCUCCCAAGCCCAGAUGGUAUUAAUGCCUCCUGGUAACCAGACCACAGCCAACGGAUUACAGACUACGGGGAAUGUUGUUCAGCAACCAAUGAUCAUCAUUGUAAGCAACCAAAACAUGAACCAGCCAGCUCGAAGUAAAGCACAAAAACCACCAUUGAAGAAGAUUCUUCCAAAACCUGGAACAUCCUUACCAGACAGUUCAAAGCCAGCGAACGCUGCCCCUGUAAUGACAAGGAAUCUCAAUGAGACUGGAACUAGACCUGUUGUCCCUAAGCCUGGACUAAACCAGCAAACUAUUUACAGACAGAACUUGCUGAAUAUGGCACGAAGAACUGUGGCAGAUAUUUCCAGGGAUAGACUUCGAUUCCAGGACGACGAGGGAGAUACGUACCUUCAUGUUGCUGUGUGUAAGACUGAUGCCAGUAUGGUCCAGGCUCUGAUCGAACGACUCUGCAGAGAGAAACUUGAGGUUAUGAUUGAUAUUGCUAACUGCAAGAGACAGACACCACUGUAUCUCGCUGUGGUAGCCAAUCAGCCGAGGAUGGUUAACAGUCUGAUUGCCCGAAAUGCCAACCCAUGCUCAAUGGCUCAGGUGUGUUCAGGCGAUGGCAAAUCUAGAGAGGUGAAAACGCCCUUGCAUGUGGCUUCAUCCAACGGACAUUCUUAUUUGUCUACUCUUCAGGAACUUCUCCGAUCUCCAGCCAUCAAUCUCAAUAUUGUUAAUUCAGAAGGUCACACAGCUCUCCAUUGUGCCAUCCUUGCUCACAGGCGUCAGAAUAAGAACGGCCAGUUCAUUGAUAGUAUACCCAUCAUAGAGACCUUGCUGAAAGCUGGAGCCGACCCUACAUCACAGGACAAGAAAAAUGGCAAAACACCUCUGAUGUAUGCAAUAGAGAAACGGGACACUCCUUUAGUUGAGAGGAUGCUUAGUAUGUUUGAGCCCGGAGAAAAGCUUCGUAACCUUAUAAAGUUUCAAACAUUGGACGGCAGUACUUGCAUCAAGAUUGCUGAGGGACUCAAAUUUGAAUUCCAGCCUGAAAACUGGCAACGACUUUUAAACACACUCAAUGCUGCUCUCAAUGGGGAUCCGCCCCGGAUGAUAAAUGGAGUAAUGUGAAAAUUAAGUCGUGUCUCGUGUAUCCGCAGGGAUAGAUUGUACAUUAGGGUUAUCUCCCUUGUGUUAUAAUGGGCAGUAUUGACACAAAAAAGUGAAGAUUGCUGUUUUCCUCAGUAUAACAUCUCUGUCGAGCAUAACUCCCACAUGCAAUUGUGAAUCAGGCUUGAGCUAGUCCAACCAUCAUGGCCUCUCUUCAAUACGUUUGUUUAUCCGAGAUUGUGGGUGUACCAAAACCUUGGUAAAAAAAUCAGUGUUUAGCAACAUGUCCACCCUCACAAAUUUGUUCUGUACAAAAGUUCAGACAGAAACAUAAAUGACACCAGAUCAGUUUUGAUCUCUUUUAAGUACAUUGUAGAUAUUAAGUGCAAUGAGACUCAAAUUUUGUAACUUGUCACGUCAGAAGUUUGAUUAAUAUAGUGUGUCCAGCUUGUCUUGAUUAUGUAUCUAAAUCUAACAAAAUGUUUUAAUUUUUUAUUCCCCUGUCAAUAAGUCAUUGCAAAUUUUUUUUAUGUAACUUCUUAUUAAAAUUUUGACUUUCUUUGCCAAACUUUUCUGAAUGGAAAAGUUUCACCAAUUCUCUCUUGCACUCACCAUUUUGUUUCUUUUUGAAUUUGAGUAGGUGUUUAAGACUCAUGCUAAUUUUUUCAUAGAUGAAGGGGUGAGGGCAUACACAUUUUUUACAAAUAUUUCUAGUGUUAAUGUUUAAGGCUAUUAUUAAGUGAUCUAUAUAUAGUUGGUAUAUUAUAGAAUGUUUCAAUUUGUUGAUGUGGAAUUUUUUCAAGUUUGAAAUAAAUUGAUGAUCAAUUACAUCUGAUUGAGAAGACUUAAAGUCUACUCCAAAUUUCUCUAGUGAAUUGAAAGUUUUUCAAACUCACAAGAAUUACUGUAAUAUGACAUCUUGAUAUUUGUAGAGAAAUACUUUAUAUCACAAUUAAGUGUUAGAUAAGAAUUGUUUAAUUUGAUUAUAUGUAAAGAACUGUUUCUCAUAAAGUAAUUGCAUGUUAAUUUGUCAGGUACUGGUAUUUUGACCUGUUUAGAAUUCAUAUGAAGUUGGGUUUAGAUGGAUUCUUGUGAAUAAGGAUUGAUAGUUUUGCAAUGGAAAUGAGCAGUUAGUUUGAGAUGAAACCUUUGAUAGAUAAUAAAGUGCUAUGAUCUGUAAUUAUCUAUAAAUGGAUGUCUAAGGGUUGUACCAUCAUAAGACAGGAAGACUUAAGGGUGUAUGCUACCAUACUGUGACAUGGAGACUUGAGGAUGUAUGCUACCAUACUGUGACAUGAAGACUUAAGGGUGUAUGCUACCAUACUGUGACAUGGAGACUUAAGGGUGUAUAUUUACAGGUUAGCAAUGUAGGACCCAUGGGUCUGUGAUUUCAAGUGCUGUAUUUUAAGUCAUUGUCUUAAUUUUAUAUUUCUGUGCCAUAUGUACUUUUAUAUUAAAAUCUUAGAUUUUAUGUGAAUUUUAUUUACAUGUUGCUUAGAAAAUGGAAAAUCAUUAAUCUGUAGAAUGAUGAUAUACAUAGUAAAUUUGAGAUUUUUGAUAUUUCUAGAAAUAUGUAAAAUGAAAAUAACAUAGUAAGGGAUCAGUAACAUAUACAUUUCAUAUUUGAAACUUUUCUGCUGCUUUAAAAAGUUGGUCACAUUGUUGCUAUCCUAACUCAUUUGUAAUAAAAACAACAAAAAAGGAUUGGUUUUGUCACUAUGGUGAUGAGACAUAUGGUCAUGGCGACAGCAUUGUACCAUUUCAUUUGAUUGUUGCAAUUGUUGUCUUUAUUGUUUCUUCAGACUGAACCUGAAAAUAUCUAUAAAGAAAAAAUCAACGUCUAGAAAUCAGUAUUAUGUUUAUAUAUUUAUUUUGAUGACAGGAAUAGAAGUGUUGUUUAUAUAGGUAGAUACUGGUAAAUCUAUAAAUAUCUACGAGAUAUAUAUUACUGUACAUUGAAUACAAUAAUAAAGAUGUUUAUUUAUAGUUAUGUUGUUUAAAUAUUUAUUGAUUUGUUGUAGACUUAAGAUGUGUACUAUUUACUUUGUUGUGGGUAUGAUAAGAACAACAAAUAAUACGAAAAAACAAAAACAAAAUCAAAAUUGAUAUAGAAGAAAAUGUUUGUUUUAAUACGAGCCAUGAGAUCUUAUGAAAAAUAUAGUUACUUUUAAUAUUUAAAAACUGCUCCUGUUUGUUGUACAUUGGUCUGUUGAAAAGGACAUUGCUUUGAAUAAGGAACCAAUGGUAUCCAAUUUUCACCUUAGAAGAGUGUUUUCAGUGUUUAAAUGAGAGAAAUGUUUUAUUAGAAUUUCUCCAGUAUCUGAAGUAGGGGAACAAACUAUUGUAAUUAAUGCCUAGCUGGUCUAGAGUGUUUAAUUUCAUCAGAUAAACUAUAUAAUUUUGUUUUUCAUGCCUAUUAUAUAUUUCUAUUUCAAUAUCAGAUAUUUUUAUUGUAGAUAUAUUUCUAUCUAAAAAAUUCUAUUACAAUAAUGAAAGCCUGAAAGUUUCUAUUAAGUGCCUUUUAAGCUCUCUAAACAUUUUUUUACUUGUUUGUGUUUGUAUAAGGAAUUGAUGUGAUUGACAAGAUAUAUACAGUAAAAAUCUUAUAGACCCCUGUUGAUACUGUCCAUUUUGUUACUAUGAUAUGUGCAUUAACCCCUGAACGUGCUUUUGUUAUUUCUAACUUGGUCAUGUGACACACUUAAACUUUGAUGAAUAACUUAAUCGUAACCAGUUACAUAGACUAAAACUUUGUCGGUUUCCAUCAGGUUGACUUAAGUGUAUAUUCAGAGAUUGAGACAAUUGAUGCAUUAAAUUUUGUUUAUUUGGACCAUACAUUUUGUAAUAAUUAAUUCUUACGUUAUUUGAAAAUCACCUGUAACACAACUGUUUCUCUGAUCUGUUCUGUAUUGUGGUACAAAAUCUUUUGUUUAGUAAGUAUUUUCAUAUUGAUGUUUUUAAUGUAAAAUGGCAGCAGAUUUCUAUGUAAAUACACUAGCUGUAUAAAUAAAGCAAAUGUUGAAUUUUUA